GACGGGCAUAAGGUUUGCUGGACAAAGGGUCCUCUGCCUGUUUCCGCGACGAAGCCGGGGCGCCUUGCGUCCGUCAUCGCACGCUCCCCAGAUAGCGUAUCACAGACCGGACAAAGCGCCGACUUUACGCCGCGGUUCCUGGAAAUAAUUUGGCUGUUCGAGCGCAGUGCCGUGAGGAUGCGGGGAGUGCCGGACGCGGCGAUGCGUCGACGCUCGGAUGGAUGCUGAGCGGCCCUGGGGUGCUGCCGUAUGUGAGUCCCAAGCACGGCGCGCAGGGAGCCGGGCCGCUCGAGCUGGACGUGUGUGGUGUUGGUGAGUGUGCCGGUUGUGCUGUCCCUAGCCUCGACCCCUCAGCGCCAUCGGCAUCCGCUCGGACUGCCAUGUACCAAGCGCGCCAUCGUCAGCCUUCUCACUGCAUGAACCAGCACGCAAAACGAGCGCAGGCGCUGUUGGCGAGUCUACAUGUAACCCGCUGCCGCCACCGCAGGCGCUCUUCCGCAAUCGACCGAAACGGGCGCUGGCCGAGGGUGGAGACGCGCCGGAGGAGGUUGGGAGGGAGCGGCGGCAGGUACCUGGGUACUCGCACCCGCACCUGCCGUGUUGGAGUGGUUCGCCGGCCUGUCCUCUCCGAUGACAAAUGGGCGCCCAUCUGGGCUCGAUAACGAACAUGCGACCAUCGAGCAGUGUGGGUGCGGGAAGUGGUUCGCGCUAGGCGGCGUCCGUGCGCGCUGAGGUGAACGCUAGGCGCAGCGUGGGAGAG